CUCUUUUUCCACUCAGCUUUCAAAAAAACCCUGCGCAAGCAAAAUCCCUUCAACAUGGCGUCCAUGAAUAUUGAAAUGUCUCUAAUAUCAAGUAGUAAUCCCAGUCAUUCUACUCGUACUACUUCAAUCCAGUCCAAUGGCAGCACUGCCGUCUGCCAUAUCCGUCGAUCCGAAGGCGAAAUGACCCUAUCUUAUUACGCUACGGACGCUGGCGGUCCAGCGUGGUGCUCCUGACGUCCUUAAUAACGGAUUCCCAAAAGAGCGGCGGGCCAAUGAGCUCGCCACUCGCCCUUCUCUAGAGCAAGCAUUUGUGAGAGAAAUGCUCGCCGAGGAGAGGGUUCCCGAGGCCACUCUUUCAGUGAGCCUCAUCGAACAAGACAGCGUAUGGGUUGGGUUUAUUCACCAACAUACGCUGUAUGUUCGAGCUUCGUCCUGGUCGGACGUAGAUGUCAGAGAAAGCAUCAUGGCUGUCAUGGAACUGGCUGAGUCGCUUGAAUGCCAAAAUGUAGCGCUUUGUGUGCCUAAAACUGCCAAUCAGAUUCAACCUUUCGUCCAUGACCUCCUUCUCGUAGGCUUCGAGUUGAUUCAUCCUCAAGCCAUGCAACUCAAGUCCUCUGUCCAAUGCAAUUAUAUCUGCGUUGGCAUGGAGCUGUAAACUUCUGGCUGGGCCAUUUGCAUUUAUUAUUAUACGAGCUGUUUUUUUUUUCUUUCCUUGUUGACGGAAAUUUUUCCAGGACUGGCUUCACCUUUCGGUUGUCAACCCUCCCUGCGUUGCUUUAUUAAUUUGCUUUCCUUCCCUUCAU